UUGCAGAAGGACAAGGACAUUCCAACUUCACCCAAAUGCAAGAACUAAAUUGGACAUCAUCAUCUAUCAGAACUGUGGAUUUAAUUCCAGUUGAUCAGUUUAGAAAUGUGUGUAACGUGAAUCUACAGAACAAUAAUCUGACCUCAUUCAGUGGGUUAAUUUAUCUCCCUAAUGUGAAGGUCUUAUGCCUGAACUAUAAUCAUAUUGAAUCAAUCAUGCCCAGACUAAAGCCUCAGACUCACUUAACCAACAGACAACUGCUCUACCAGAAAGUGCCUUCAAGUGGCUAUGGACAGCAGGGAACUUCAAAAACUAACAGAGAUGCAAUGAGCAAUGAAAAUUUGCCUCCAAUAAUGCACAGUUUAGAAGUUCUUCAUUUGGGCUACAAUGGAAUUUGUAAUUUAAUACAGCUACAACUUAACAGACUAAGAAAUUUAAAAUUCCUCUUUCUACAAGGGAAUGAAAUCAGUCAAGUUGAAGGACUUGACAACUUACUCGUCCUUCAGGAAUUGGUAGUGAACCAUAACCGCAUCAGAGCAUUUAAUGACAGUGCUUUUGCCAAACCAAGUUCUUUGUUGGCUCUUCACCUGGAGGAAAACAGACUACGAGAGCUGGGCAAAUUACAGCCUUUGGUAAAACUAGAGAAACUCUUUCUAGGAUAUAAUAAGAUUCAGGUAACAUUAUUUUGGUUUUUGUUGUGAGAUUUAUAACCUUUAAUUCUCCCAGAGCUCUGCACGUAAGUCUUCCAAACACACCAAUGAAAAUUUUGCUAGUAUGGUGUUUACAUUGUAUAUACCAUCUAUAUUUCAAGGCAUGUAAAUACUCUGUGAUGCAGGGAUGUCCACCCUGCUUCUAUACUUAUAAACUGGACAAACUCACAUGUACCCACUCACUAAUAAAGGUUAGCUUUAAAUAUUGUAAGACUCUUCUCAUAAGUCCUCUCAGAUCUCAUUUGUUCCUUGACUGCUCUUAGUCCAAGUUGUUUCUGAGUCUCAGUUCCAGACUUCCUCUGGCCCUUUAAAUGUGUCAUAUGUAGUUGGUCUUCCUGGCAUUUGAAUCAACUCCUGACAAUGCACUUUACCCUGGCUUUAAUAUUACAUCUCUCCCACUCAAGGCUUUUUUAGAUAAGAUCCUGCCUUGGUUUUACCUGCUCAAAGUUCAACCUGUUACUUUCAGGCCACUACUUCAACUGAGCCUGCUCACACUAUCUCCAGAGAUAGCGUACAGA